AUGAAGGACGUGUAUGAAUUGGCAUUACCGUGGGUCGAAGAUCGUCUACCAUUACCUACAAAUAAAGAAUUAGCGCUGAAACGCCUGGAGACAACAACACGGAAACUUUGCUCUCAAAAUUUAAGUAAUCGAUAUGAUGAAGUUUUAAAAAAUUGGGAAGAUUCAGGCAUAAUCAAGGAAGUGAAACAAAGUGAAAAUAUUGAUAGCGGACACUACUUGCCCCACAGACCAGUGAUUAAAGAAAGCAGUUCUACUCCCGUACGGCCCGUGUUUGAUGCGUCUGAUAGAACUAAGUUUUUGCCGUCACUGAAUCAAUGUUUAGAAGCUGAACCGAAUUUAAUUGAAUUAAUCCCAUCACUUUUGCUAAUAUUCAGAGAGAAUAAAUACGGUGUCGUUGCAGACAUAGAAAAAGCUUUUUUACAGAUUAGCAUUAGGCCACCAGAUAGAGAAUAA